AUGUCAGGAGCCUCCCAGGAGAGUCUGGGGCCCCGGGGACUGCCGGUGCUGGGCAAGGCCUGUCUAAACACCGUGGACAGAAAGCUCAACGUGCUGAACGAGAAAGUCGACAAGCUCUUGCAUUUCCAAGAAGACGUCACGGAGAAGCUGCAGUGUGUGUGCCGCGGCAUGGGCCACUUGGAGCAAGGCCUUCACCGCCUGGAGGCCUCCCGGGCGCUGGGCCUGGCUGGGGUUCUCAUCAGCCAGGAAGCUGCACCAGGCACGGAACGAGGAGCAGGUGCCAACAGACCUGACUCUUGGACCUCAGAGCAGGGGCUGAGGCUGACUCCAGGGACCCGUCCCCAGCCCCUGGCACCUCCGGGGCCUCCAGUCCAAGCCAGGGCAGCUUACGGCAGUGGAGAAAGGCCUCCAAGGAUCUCUAUAUUGGUGCAGGAGACAGAUACUCCUGGAGAGCUGCUUGUGACACGAGGGAGUGGCCUCAGACCCGCGCCCUCUGCAGAGCCCCCACCAGCUGCCUGUCCUGGAGAGCAAGCCCCAUCUGGGCCCAGGUGCUGCCGUCAGGCCCCGGGGACUGAGUCGGGAGAACAGACCCCGCAAGGAGCCAGGAGCAGCCAUGGGGGAGCAAAGACAGAGAAGCCCGGGCCCGGGGCCGAGUCCAUUACGGGACCAACCUUGGCCAGAAGGGACAAGAGAGACAAUGCUGCUGGGGCCCCGGACCCGCAGCAGGACAAAUGCCCAGGAGCAGGAAGCCCUGAGCCCGGGAAGAACUGCACUGCAGGGGGCACGGGGAGCCCCGGAGCAGGAAGGAGGACUCCCCCCGGCUCCCAGGCUGGCAGCGCGGUUCUGGACGACAGUCCGGCUCCGCCAGCCCCCUUCGAACACCGGGUGGUGAGUGCCAAGGAGACCCCCGUCGCGGCGGUUUACGCAGUGCGUCGGCAUGAAGUCUUGGGGGGGGGCCGGUUCGGCCAAGUCCACAGGUGCACAGAGAAGUCCACGGGCCUCCCACUGGCAGCCAAGAUCAUUCAAGUGAAGACCGCCAAGGACCGGGAGGAUGUGAAGAAUGAGAUCAACAUCAUGAACCAGCUCAGCCACGUGAACCUGAUCCAGCUCUAUGAUGCCUUCGAGAGCAAGAACAACUUCACCCUCGUCAUGGAGUAUGUGGACGGGGGUGAACUCUUUGACCGGAUCACGGACGAGAAGUACCACCUGACCGAGCUAGAUGUGAUCUUGUUCACCAAGCAGAUCUGUGAAGGCGUGCACUACCUCCAUCAGCACUAUAUCCUGCACCUGGACCUCAAGGUCAGGCUCCCCCUGGGCAUGAAUGAGCCCCAGCAUCGCAUCUCCUCCCAGGACACACUCCCACAGCCCUCUGCACCCCUGUUCCCCAGGUACAAGCCUCGGGAGAAGCUGAAGGUAAACUUCGGCACCCCUGAGUUCCUGGCCCCGGAAGUCGUCAACUACGAGUUUGUUUCUUUCCCCACUGACAUGUGGAGCAUGGGCGUCAUCACCUACAUGCUACUCAGUGGUCUGUCCCCGUUUCUAGGGGAAACAGAUGCGGAGACCAUGAACUUCAUCGUGAACUGUAGCUGGGAUUUCGACGCGGACACCUUUGAAGGGCUGUCGGAGGAGGCCAAGGACUUUGUUUCCCGGCUGCUGGUCAAGGAGAAGAGCUGCAGAAUGAGCGCCACGCAGUGUCUGAAACACGACUGGCUGAAUAAUCUACCUGCCAAAGCUUCAGAAUCCAAAGUUCGUCUCAAAUCCCAACUGUUGCUGCAGAAAUACAUGGCUCAGAGAAAAUGGAAGAAACAUUUCUACGUGGUGACCGCUGCCAACAGGUUAAGGAAGUUUCCGACUAGUCCUUAACCUUCAACUCUGCUGCUCCCAUGGGCCCAGAAAUCAUUGAGAACGGUGGUGUAGUGAUGACCUGCAAUUUUUAAUAAUCUGCCCUUUUACUGUUAUUAAUCCUGCUAAUGUUGUUAAAAAAAAAAAAGGUUAUGGCUGUGGACUUUCUUGUGGAUGAAAAGUGGCUGAAAAGAAAGUGACCUAAGAACUUUGGCACAGAGGUUAAGAGCUCGGCUGCUAACCAAAAGGUCAGCAGCUGGAAUCCACCAGCUGCUCCUUGGAAACCCUAUGGGGCAGUUCUACUCUGUCCUGUAGGGUUGCCAUGAGUUGGAAUCGACUUGACGGCAACGGGUUUAUAAGAUCAUUAAGCCUGAAAUGCUUGUUAACUUUUUAAGUAGACCUACUUCUGGUGAUAAGUAUAGGCAUGCUCUCGGUAGGUAGCAAACUUCCUACUUUGCGUAUGUCAAACUUAAAUUCUAAACUUAUUUUGAUUAAAGUUGUCAGUAGAU